AAGGGUUUGCUCGGCUUCCUCUCUCCCUCCCCCUUCCCUCCCGCGGCGGCGCCUGCGAGACCCAUCCGCCGCCACGCCAUGGCCAAGUUCAACGUGGUGCAGAAGAACAAGCGCCAGUGGAAGCAGGACCGCAAGCGCGCCGCGCAUGGGGAGCCCGGCACCGGCAAGCUCAAGCAGCGGACCGCGCCCAUCUCCAUGUCCGGCAAGCGGAAGCGCAAGAUCGAGCGCCGCCUCAACCGGGAUCAGAAAGAGGCUGCGAUGAUUAAGGCUCUCGAGAACAACAUGGGGGAUGUCGACAUGGUCUCUGCUGAAGAGUCUUCAGAAGCUGCAAAGGGCAAGUCUCAAGUGAAGGUCAGUGUGAAGAAAAGCUCCAGGAUACAGAUCAAAAGAUUAAAAGGCAAAGGUAGAAAGAAAGCCAAAAAUGCAAAGCCGCCUACAAAGGGCAAAGUUGACGCCAUGGUAGAAUGAAGGAUAGGUACUGCGAAGCCUUUGUACGUUUGCUGAGAACCAGCAAGGAUUGCAGAGACUGACCUCGCCAAAGUGGGGAGCGUGAACUACCUUGCGGCUUGUGCCACUACCGCCUGAAUGUUCAUUAGGAACUACUUAGAUCUGGUGUUAAUGUAUCGAACUUCAAACAUGAAUCAAGUUUUGUAAUAGUUGAGUAUGCAUGGGUUUUUUUUCAUGUUCU